AUGCACCCGUUGUGGCACGAACACAGUUGUGUGCGAACACUCUACAGAAGGGCAGAAACACACUGCAGCGAGCCGGACGACAGAAAGUCAGAACUACGCUACCUCCAGCGCCUCUUCGUGUCCAACGGGUAUCCGCGCAACUUCAUCGAACGCAGCAGACAGGCCGGACUGAGCCGACGUUUGGAAACAGAAGGGCCAAAAAUAUGGCGGACGCUUCCAUACAUCGAUGGCGUUUCUGAGGCGGUCUCCCGUCUCUUAAGGCCGCUGGAGAUCGGCAUCGCCCACCGACCGGAGUCAACAAUUCGACAUCUGGUCAUGAGGCCUAAGGCCCCUCUGCCACCAGGUGAAACCACGAACGUCAUCUACCGGAUCCAGUGUAACUCCUGUGAAGCCAACUACAUUGGGGAGACGGGCAAACGACUACAGACCCGUGUUGGAGAACACAUGAGGGCAGUAAGGCGAAUGGACCCUUUGUCACUGGUGGCCGAACACUGCGCCGAUUCCGGACACACGUUCGCCUUUCAGCACGUCAAAAUUCUGGGCCGAGGAAGCGACCGCAUAGCCAGGGAAACAAUCGAGGCUUGGCACACAGGGACAACCUCAAUCAACCGUUGUGUGGCUCUUCCCGCUGCCUAUCAAGCCCUUCGAGCACAGCUCAGUAAACAAAUGAGCAGACGUGAACCCAGGCUAAUCACGAAUCCAGACAUGAAUGAGUCCAUGGCGGAUGCACACUCAGCCACCCCUCAACCUGGUUCCGACGAAGGCGCAGUCCUCACUACAGCCGGUCCAUCUACUAGUCCGGCGGAUGAGAAAACGGACAGUCGUUGCGGCGCAAACAAGAUUGCCAGCCUUGGACGACAGUUAAGGUCAACGAAGGUACGGGCGACGACCACCAACGUCUCAACGCCGGCCCCGAUGUAG